AGGAUGCCGGGCGGGGGCUGGGGCUUGGGCGCCGGAAGGAGGGUCGCGGGCACCGGCUGGAGCAGAAGUCCAGGGUCCCGGCCGGUGCGGGCGCGGGGGGGCCGAGGCCAGGGCGGCUGCAUUCCCGCAGCUGCCUCCAUGUCAGGGUCACCCUGGGCCGCUCUCCACACCUCUCUGGAAAGCAGCCUUCCUCCUCUCCUUUUUUCUCGCUCGCCCUCCCUCCGCCGUGGGACUGGCCUGAGGUCCGAGGAGAGGCCGGUGCAGGCCCCAGCACUUCUUGCCUCGCUCCUUCUCCCCACUUUCAUACUCCAUGUCGGCCCUGUCAUUAACCCGUUCCCUUCUACACUGGACCGCUGAGUUUGAAUUUUCCAGACGAUCAAGGUACACAAGCUCUUACCUGUCCUCAGCAAACAUAGCGGGGGCAGCCGCCCAGCUUGGCAGAGGUCCCUGCUUCCAUGUCCCCAAAGACGUUUAGGGCUGGGAGUGGGGGUUCUCACAACGUAAGGAGCUGCAGAGAUGAAGCAAUUCAUUUACUUCCUAAAAUCUUAACUCCCAUCUCCUCCUGUUAUGUGGCAGGGUUCUGCUGGCUCCUGCCUCACUCUGGUUACCACCCAGCUGCCUCCUCCUGAGUCCUUGCACCACUGCCCCCAGACACACAGUGCCUACCCCACAUGGCCAUGUGGAGCCCAGGGACUCUCUUAAGGGUUUAGACGUUGUGGGAGGGUCCCCUCCUAGUGCUUAGCUCCUUUGGCCCCUUCCCGUAUUCUGGUAUCAGAUCAUCCUUUUUUGGAGUGACAGCUGGCUGUGUUUUCCCUCUAAACUCCUGCUCCCUUGCUGCCAUCCCCUCUAAAGGGAUUGGACCAAACAGGUUUUGUGGGAGCAAGAGGCAUCUCAUUCAUCUUUUGUUCAUUCUACAUUUAUUGAGCAGCUGUUCUGUGUUAGUAAUAAAAUAGGGCAGCGAGAAGAGGAGAAAAUGUGUCAGAAGAUGGGGUGCAGGAUGGGAGUGAGAGCGGAAGGCUUCAGUGGGGAGUGCUGUUUUGAGUUCAUAGAUGCAGAUCGUCAGGAUCCAACCCUUCCUUUUGCCACUGCCGCCCGGGAAAGCCUCCUGGUCCCAGGAAUUUCUCCUUUUGUGUUCCCGUGGCUAGCAGGCUCUGUGUUCUCCCCAGCUGCCCACUUUCUGGAGUCUCACAUGACUCUCAAGGUCAUCUCCCUCUCUUGGAGGCUGGGACCAGCUAGACACAGAAUCUUGCGUUUCUGGUCUUAGCUCUGCAACUUUGUAGCCCUGUGACCUUGGAGAAAUCUCCCUGGGUGUCAGUUUCUUAAUCUGUAAAAUGGACAGUCUGAUACCUGGGGUGUAUCACAGGCUGGGGGAGGGUUGGGGGAGAAUAUGAGCCCAGGCAGGCUUGGGUCAGGUGGUCUCCAGGAGUUAUCUUUUCCUUUGCAUUUCCCUUUCAGUUAGUUCUAUAGAAGCAGCCCCCACCCGGGGCUUUAAACUGCCUCCUCCCCCUACUUCUGGCCUAACCUUCAACCUUUCUGUGGUUGGAUAACGGAAAAGUGCCCCAGUCUUUUGAAGGGCCCUGUCCCCUCAGGGAAAUUGGUGUGGUUUUUUUUUUUUUUUUUUUUUAAACUAAGUGUUCCAGGCAGUCUUGGUGCUCUGUGAGGCUCGCAAAGAAAGUUUAUUGGUCCCAAUUAGCAGCCGCAUUAAGGAGGGAAAUUAGAGUCUUAAUGAGCAUCCUCUGAUUAGCAAAAUAAGUUUUCCAGCCUCUGGGCAUCGGAGGGGUGGGGUGGAGAGCCUUCUUUCACUGUCGUGUCAGAUACCUCUCAGCCCCCAGACUGGGUUCAAAGGGUUAUUAUGACUGAUGAGCUUUUAAUUACACUCUUAAAUUCAACCUCCUUGCUUAGUCGUGAUCUUAAGAUCUGAAGCAGGAAAUCAGGUCUGUGGGGGGGAGGCCGCGGUGAGAGCCAGUGCCCACGAAAAUGGAGAGGGUCCCGGGAGCCCUGGGCAGUCCUGAGCUCUGGGAUGGAGCCUGAGACAGUGCUGUGGGGCCCAGAUCUACAGGGCCCUGAACAGAGCCCCAGCGAUGCUCAGCGAGGUGCCGAGAGUGGGAACGAAGAGGAGAGCCCUCAGCAGGAAAGUUCUGGGGAGGAGAUCAUCUUGGGAGAUCCAGCUCAGAGUCCAGAAUUCAAGGACCCACCAGAGAUGCCCCUGGAGACACCCUCCCAGGAUCCCUCAGCUCCCCGGGACUCUCCAUCCCCACUGAGUCACUCCAGCCCUUUGGACCGACAGACCCCUGUGGACCCUCCAGCCCCCGAGGUAGUGCCGGCCCCAUCGGACUGGACCAAGGCCUGUGAGGCCAGUUGGCAGUGGGGGACACUGACCCCCUGGAACAGCCCCCCGGUGGUCCCAGCCAGUGAGCCGAGCCUGCGGGAGUUGGUGCAGGGCCGCCCAUCUGGGGCGGAGAAGCCCUACAUCUGCAACGAGUGUGGCAAGAGCUUCAGCCAGUGGUCCAAGCUGCUGCGGCACCAGCGCAUCCACACGGGCGAGCGGCCCAACACCUGCUCCGAGUGCGGCAAGAGCUUCACGCAGAGCUCGCACCUGGUGCAGCACCAGCGCACGCACACGGGCGAGAAGCCCUACAAGUGCCCCGACUGCGGCAAGUGCUUUAGCUGGAGCUCCAACCUGGUGCAGCACCAGCGCACGCACACGGGUGAGAAGCCCUACAAGUGCACCGAGUGCGAGAAGGCCUUCACCCAGAGCACCAACCUCAUCAAGCACCAGCGCUCGCACACGGGCGAGAAGCCGUACAAGUGCGGCGAGUGCCGGCGGGCGUUCUACCGCAGCUCGGACCUCAUCCAGCACCAGGCCACCCACACGGGCGAGAAACCCUACAAGUGCCCCGAGUGCGGCAAGCGCUUCGGCCAGAACCACAACCUCCUCAAGCACCAGAAGAUCCACGCCGGCGAGAAGCCGUACCGCUGCACCGAGUGCGGCAAGAGCUUCAUCCAGAGCUCCGAGCUGACCCAGCACCAGCGCACGCACACCGGCGAGAAGCCCUACGAGUGCCUCGAGUGCGGCAAGAGCUUCGGCCACAGCUCCACCCUCAUCAAGCACCAGCGGACUCACCUACGCGAGGACCCCUUCAAGUGCCCGGUGUGCGGCAAGACCUUCACGCUGAGCGCCACGCUGCUGCGGCACCAGCGCACGCACACGGGCGAGCGGCCCUACAAGUGCCCCGAGUGCGGCAAGAGCUUCAGCGUCAGCUCCAACCUCAUCAACCACCAGCGCAUCCACCGCGGCGAGCGGCCCUACAUCUGCGCCGACUGCGGCAAGAGCUUCAUCAUGAGCUCCACCCUCAUCCGCCACCAGCGCAUCCACACGGGUGAGAAGCCCUACAAGUGCUCCGACUGCGGCAAGAGCUUCAUCCGCAGCUCCCACCUCAUCCAGCACCGCCGCACGCACACGGGCGAGAAGCCCUACAAGUGCCCCGAGUGCGGCAAGAGCUUCAGCCAGAGCUCCAACCUCAUCACGCACGUGCGCACCCACAUGGACGAGAACCUCUUCGUGUGCUCCGACUGCGGCAAGGCCUUCUUGGAGGCGCACGAGCUGGAGCAGCAUCGGGUGAUCCACGAAAGGGGCAAGACCCCGGCCCGAAGAGCUCAGGGUGACAGUCUGCUGGGGCUCGGGGACCCUGCCCUGCUGACCCCACCCCCCGGAGCCAAGCCACACAAGUGUCUCGUCUGUGGAAAGGGGUUCAACGACGAGGGCAUCUUCAUGCAGCAUCAGAGGAUCCAUAUUGGAGAAAACCCCUAUAAAAAUUCCGACGGCCUCCCCGCCCACCCAGCCCCUAAGCCGCCUCAGUUCCGGUCUCCCAGGCUCCCUUUUGGAGGGAAUUCCUAUCCAGGUGCUGCAGAGGGCAGAGCUGAGCCCCCUGGACAGGCCUUCAAAAUGCCUGAAGGGCAGGAGAGCUUCAGCCAAAGGCUGGGGCUCCUCUCCUCCAAGUCCUACAUCUGUUCCCACUGCGGAGAGAGCUUUCUGGAUCGGGCGGUGCUGCUCCAACAUCAGCUCACCCACGGCAGCGAAAAGCCCUUUCUCUUUCCUGAUUAUAGGAUUGGUGUAGGGGAAGGGGCAGGGCCCAGCCCCUUCCUAAGUGGAAAGCCCUUUAAAUGCCCUGAAUGCAAAAAAAGCUUUGCCCUCAGCUCCGAGCUGCUGCUACACCAGAAAGUCCACGCAGGCGGGAAACCCCAGAAGAAUCCGGAGCUGGGGAAGAGCUCGUCUGUCCUCCUGGAGCACCUCAGGAGCCCACUGGGGGCCAGACCCUACAGCUGCUCAGAUUGUGGGGCCUCCUUCCAGGAUCGCCUUGCCCUCAUCCGGCACCAGGAGACCCACACCCAAGAAAAGUCCCCCGGACCCGAGGACCCCCUCCCAGCGCCAGCCCCCUUGUCCACAAGCCAGGAAGGGGAGGGAGAGGCCCCUGCCCCUGCCCCCACAGGGAGCAGCAGCAGCCAGGAGGAUGGGGAAGGCCCCAAAACGCUCUUGGGAGAAAAGCCCUAUUUGUGCCCCGAGUGUGGAGACGGCUUCACAGAAGUCGCAGCCCUCCUUCUGCAUAGGAGCUGCCACCCAGGGGUUACCCUGUGAAAUGGGUCUGGAGACCAGGGGGCCUCUCUCUCCUGAGAGGAACUCUGGAUCGCCCCAAAAAUUAUGUGGGGAAAGGAGGAAAACCCUAUCAGAUUGUAGAGAAGCAGAGGAGGGAGAACCAUGGGUAAAAAAUAGUGCUUUUACAUCAGUGAUGAGAAACCCUUUUAAAUUGUUGGUGGGAACCACUUAUAAGGCAGUAGAGAAAAACUGUUGGGUUAGAAACCCUAUAAAUAUGUAGGAAAAAAAAAAAAGCCCUUUUAAGUCUGUAGCAGAAAAACCCUAUAAACCAUAGUGGAUAAAAGCCCUAUUAAUUGUAGGAAGAGGCCCCAAUAUGUCUCUAGACAACCUUCUAAAACUGUAUCGAAACCCUUGUGAAACUCUAGGGUCGCCGAAGUGCAGGGGAAUCCCACAGUGGCCUUGACCUGGGAGGAGUGACCCUUAGAAGGUAGAGAAGAAUCUCCCAUGAACUUGCUCCGCACGUUCCCUCCCCCUGGAGGGUGGGUGGGUGCCUCUCUCCCAGAGCCUGGGAUAUUAUUGCCUGGGGUAAUUACACUGCUCAGCCGGGGAGGAAGGAGUGUGGGCAUCGCGUGGAACCAGAAAAGGAAAGGCAGAGGGAGGAGAAAUGAUCCGGGAACUAGGAAGAGGAAAGUCAAGCUCGUGGCCCCGGGUUACCAGGGCACUCUCAGAUGCCAUUGUGUGUGAGGGGAGAGGCCCUCCGUGUGAGUUCCUGAUGAGAAAGAACCCGAACACGGGGGCGGAAGAAAAUGUCAGGUCUUUUUGAAGGCUGGAGUUCAUAAAGGAGCAUAAAGGCAUGGCGUGUGUGAGAACACGAGGGAACCGCCACCAAAAUCAGGACGAGUAGUGCGCUGAGGAAGGUGGAGGUGGGGAGACGUUGCAACGGAACCCAGCAAACCCAGGCUGCCUGGUCCUCCAGGAGCUUGUUAAACUGCAAAUACAAGCAGAUCCCAGCUCAGGCCACCAGGGUUCCCCCCUGCCCGGCCUCCCAGCCAGGCAGGACCCCCCUUCCCCCAGCCAAGCUGGGGACAUCUCCUCUGACAAGCCCCCAGGGAUGGAGGGCCCCUCCUGCCUCGUUCUCAGGUCUCACUGUCAGGAGGCGUCUCCUGCCACCUGCCACCAGUCCUGCUGCAGUGGCAGCCCGUUUCUUCGAUUUCUGUCCACAGUCGGAGAGGGAGAAGCGCUGCUGGUCGACCUCCAAAGAAUAAAGCCUUGCAGAGACUCAGCCUGUGUGUGGUGUAAUCCUCCCCAGACAUCUCACGUCAAGACAGCCCAGUGUGGCUUCUCUGUGGCAAUGAGGGCCAGCGAGUCGACAGGACAGAGCUUUGGUUGGCCAGCAGCAAGCCGAUUUGAAACCUUUCACCUCAGCUGUUAGCAAGGCUGCCAGCAGGCCAGGCCAGCCUGCAUGUUGUGUGGGGUGUCGGGAACACCCCACAGACUGGACUGUGGUUCCCCAAAGAGUACACGGAGGCCUCUGCGGUUGUAACAAGCCAGCCCACUGGCCGAUUGGGAAAGGAACAUACCCCACCCACUUGGCUCCUCCUUGGCCAGAAACCUCCCGAGGGAAACAGAAGGAUGAGAAAUACCCUCGUUGGCCAGGCUGCUCUCCUGGCCUCACACAGCACACACGGUGACAUACUUUCAUUAUCCCAGCCAGACCCACUCACGUGGCUGGGAGUGUGUGGCAGGGAGAGACUGCUGUCCUCUAAAAUGGCUGAAGAGAGGGAACUCUUGAAAUGUUCAUAACAGGAACCCCACCCCCUAACCCUGGAGAAGGCGAAGGCUCUGUCCAGCGCUGGGUCCAGUGGAAGCGCCCACAGCCUGCCCAGCAAUGCACUGUGGUCCUGGAGUAAGAAUUGGACACCAGAUGAGGUGGCCUUUCAGGUGUCACGUCCCUGGAGAGGGUGACCCAGCUUCUGACAAACCUGUGGAAGAGACCUGAUUCCACUACCUGAGUGUUCAAAAGGUGAAAUGCCUUCACCCUUCAUCUGUCCUGUCCCCAGAGGGAUGACUCUCACAUAUCAGAGCUGGAAAUCCAGAACACGGUGGGAGGAAGAAGGUCGGCCUGCUGGGGAGAAGGCAACGGCAGGCCUGGGAUGACUGUGGGGAGACCCUUCUUGACAUCUGCAUAAAGUCCCCACCCCACCCAAGUGCCAGGUCGGAAAGCACUGCUGAGAGGGGCGAAGCAGGCCUGCCCGCCUCUGCUGACAGAGUCACCCAAUGGGGUGUUCUGCUGAGCCUGAGGAAGAGGAGAUGAGUCCCCAGGCAGGUUUCUUCCUUCUACGAUGGUAGCAGAAACUUCAGUUGCGGAGACACCACCUUGUGAUGAAGCCAGAAGCAGAUCCCCUUGGAAACAGGUCUGGGAAUCUGUCUCUAGGAAAGUCCUGGGGAGCAGCCUUUGGGGCUCUGGAGCCAGUGCUGGGGGGAGAUGGGUCUGUAAGUUCAAAGGCUCAUGGGAGGCCUAUUGAGGACUAGGGUGUAGCAUACAUAGUAGGAUGCUCGCAUGUUGUAGGGAUGGGCGAGGGCCAGGGGUCUUGGCUCCGGUACAGAGUGGAUGAUGUGGACACAAUUAGUUGGGGUCUGGGGUUUCAUAGCAUGAAAGGGGGCAGGGUCGGAGACUCCUGGGUGUGACCUGUUCGCUGUUGGCCAACUCCGCAAACUCCUUUAGCCUGGUGCUUCCCUCCCAGAGCAACCUCUCUGCUGGGAGGAUCUAAGCAGGGAGCAGGCUGGGGAGGUGGCGGUGUCCAGAGUCCCCAGCUCAGGCCAAGGCCCAGGGGUUGUGGCACUUUCCCACCAGAACUGAAUCUGGAAAGCAGAGUGUAGGCAAGCCCUCUUGUCCGACUCCACGCAGGCCUGACUCUUCACAAGUGCCUGGUGGGGGAACCCAAGGCAGGGUCACAGUGUCAUUGGUGAAAGCUGAGGGGAGAAUAGAAACUGAUCUGAGCUUUAGGGUGAAACUUGAAACUGCUAUGGAUAUGGAGGUCAGAUGGGAGCUUGAGAGAAUGGGGCCUGAAUCCUGAAGGGUGGGGAAACUUGAAACCAUCACAACCAAAAGAUGGGGUUCCAUGGCACCCCGCCCCUGAGGGGAGCGGCCCCAGACUCCUUUGUCUCCAUUAGGGAAGCCCCACUCCCCUGACUUGUCCCCCUGGAGUGAAGAGAGACCCCCACUUUGAGUGUUGUGUGUCAAUAACAGUGUUGUGUCACCGGUGGUCAUGUUGAUUAGUUGAAGAGAAUAAAGGGAAUCAGACGUCUCAGGUGGUUUCUGUCUUCUCGUGAGCCUGGAGCAAGCCCAGAGAGCCCUUUCUUUCCUGGGCAGGGUCCACGUGCAACCUCGAGAGCUCAGCCCAGCUGCAGGCCGCUCUUGCACCCGUUUUCCUGGAGGCCCUAAAAUUCCCAUCCAGGGCUUGCUGGUGGGAGCCUGGAGGUUUAUGGAGUUUUAAAGUCUGUCCUCUUGGGGGACAGGGGGAGACAUGUGCUGAGAAGGUGGCAGAGCCAAGCAGCACAACAUGCUGGCCUCUCGGUGCCUGGUGGGUGACUCUGGCACUGGCUGGCUCAGGUCCAGCCCCAUGAGGCCUCUCUGGCCAACAGCGCCCACAGUGCCACAAGGGAACACGCCUAAGAUCUAGUUGCAAAAACUGGUGCCCACCUCCUCUGGUUUGCCUGGGUCCUAGACCUUGGGGAGAGGUGGAGGGAAGACCUGGUUUGUCAUCUUGCUCUCCUGAUAUGACCCCUGAACCCCCACCAUGGGCAGAGGCAGGGGCUAAGAGAAGGGGAGCCAUGUGCCUGAGGGAAACCACAAGAGCCAGGAGCAAACUCUGCACCCGACCAAGCCUCUCCUCCCCCGUUGCCGGGCCUGCCUGGGCCUGGCCUGGGCUCCGUGCUGUCUGGGCCAUGCAGAAGUUGCUCUGCUGAAUCCUCAUUGUGGGCUUCCCCCAGUGCCAUCUCCCAUGCCCAGGCCUGGCCAUGGCCUCUGAGUGGCUGCUUGAGGUCAACACAUGCACUAACCCAUUGCCUGCCUCCCUUGUGUCACUCUGACCCAGACUCCCAGGAGGGGCCGAAGUGUCUCUCCUCCUCCAUCUGGAAAGAAGGGGGUGGGGAGAGGAGGGGAAGUGCCUUUCCUGUAGAGGUGAGCAGAGAGGGCUAGCUGAAAUUCCCUGUGUUCCCAGCCCUGGGACACUGAGCUGCCUCAGCACAGGAGUCCUCAGCAAAGUGAGGAGGCUACAGAGGAAGAAGAGGCACUGGAGCAUGUUGGCUCAUACUUGGCAGAAGGGGCGGUGGACCUGGACAUGGUACCUUCCAAAGCAGAGGGUCAGGAAAUUGGCUGGAGGAAGUGACCUUAGGGGUGAGGGCUGCAGGGACAGGCAACCGGAUGUGUAGGGGCCAGAGGUGGCGUGGGGGCAUAGAGGGUGCAUGACAGUUAGGCAGGGACUUAUAGAGGGGUAGGAAGUGAGAAAAGGUAGUGAGCAGAGACCAGAGUGUGGAAAUAUCUUGAGUAACUUGGGGAUAAGAGCACCUUUUUUUUUGGCGUUUUUAGGCCACACAUGUGACAUACAGAAGUUCCCAGGCUAGGAGUCCAAUCUGAGCUGCAGCUGCCAGCAAUGCAGGAUCCGAGCUGCAUCUGACUCUACACCACAGCUCACCAGAAGAUCCCUAACCUCCUCAGCAAGGCGACAAAUCGAACCGGUAUCCUAGGUACUAGUUGGAUUCCUUACAGCUGAGCCACAAUGGGAACUCCCCCACUGGGCUUUUUUAAGGAGAGUGAUGUGAUCUUACCCCCUACUCCCACCCAACCCCGGCCAUGAAUGAUGAUUUACCAGGUUUGGAGCCCAGGAAAGAGAAAGGGGCUGGAGGUGUGGGGCCUUAGCAGCUAGGCUGUAGCUAAACACACCCAGGGAGGGUGGCAGAGAAGAAAGAGCAGUUAGCUUGGGGGCGGGUAGAGGAAGAGGAUCAGCAGAAGAUGGAAAACCAGGAGCGUGUAGCAUCACAGGGCCCAAGGCAAGUUUUCAGAGGGUGGUCAAUGUCAAAUGCUCCACUGGGCCCUGUGACCAAUCAGACAGCCUUAACUUUGCCACUGAGGCCAACAUGUGCUUGGUCCCAGAGGAGAUUUGGCCUGCCCAUCUCAAGGCUCCAGGAAGCUACAGCCACAGAAGCUACUAGGGGUUGUAACCUCCUGGGUAGAAGGCCCCUACGACCAACCGAUCCUCCCAGCACUGGGCAGGCGCAUUGCAAUUUGCGGAGUGUUUUACCCUAAGGCGCCAGUGCUCCUCCCCCUGAAAUUCUGGGAUCUCUAUUACACUCUCUUGGGCUCCAGCUUGAGGAAGCGGUUUGACGCCUACUUUAUUAAUCAUGAGGGUUCAGACUUUUUAGGCUCUCUGGACUAGCCUAGGAAAGAUAUUUACGGGGGUGUGCAGUUAUUUGCAUCUGCUAAGGCGUCUUUGCGGCGGUGACAACAGAGAGAGAGGGUAGUGCUCACAGAGGAUGGCUGACCCAGAGCCGGUCCGCAUCUCUAUGAUGCAAUAUGCUGCGUUUUCCCCACCCUGGCAACCAUAACCGGGCCAUUACAACCGGGGGCCGCGGACACUUCCUCUGCGGCCCCAUGCCAUCCCCCGCAGCGGCCCGUGCCUCAGCGAGCGUGCCCGCCGCCGCCAGCCUUGCGCCGGAAGUCACAGUGGCCCGCGUCUCCGUCUCCAGUCCGACCUGGUCCAGCCGCUGCAGCCCCGCGGAAACCUUGGACACCAGGUGGGGCCCGAAAGUAGAUAAGGCUGCGAGUGCUGGCGAAGAAGCGACCGCUAAGACUGCGGGGUCACACAAGGCCGUGACUGUUAACAAGCCGGUGGCCGCUCCUGUGGCCAUGGCUCCGAUUCCUGCUCCGGCACCAAGCCCGGCCAUCACCUGCCAGAGCGCGAGCCCCAGUUCAGUCUCGGUGAAGGCUCCGUCUGCUGACCCGACAGCGCGCUGAAGUUGCAAGCGCCACUCCACACACAUGUACCGCAGGACAUAGCCAGCGGCUAGCGCAAAUGGCAAUGAAAGAUGUCACCCAUUAAGGUGUCCUGUCUGUCCAUCCGAGGGGGAGGGAGCGGGCGAAGCUGCUCGGGGGAGACAGCCUAAAGACUGGGGUCCAGCUCUCUCCUCCCAGGAUCUUGUCGUCAGGUGUCAAUAGCGGACUACAUUUCCCAGGAUGCAACUCGAGUUUCCCAGCAGCCCCGCCACCAAUGACUGAGGGGGGGGGCGUGGCGAGCGCCCCCUACGGCCCCCCGACCCCCAGGACAGGGCCUCCCGAGCUGCAGGAGAUCCAGGGACUGUCCGCUUUUAGCCUGAGGAAAACGAAGGGCCAGCUGGCAAAGGAUUGACGACAAUGCUUUCUCCCCCAAAACACGCCCCUCUCAUGGGCCCGGUCUGGGAUAUGAGACAGCCCUUAGGUCUAAGCAGAGCUAGGUGUUGGGUUUCAUCUGUGCAGGCCCUCCAGGUUCAAAGGCCAGACAGGGUAGCGCUGGGAACAAGUUUUAACAGCCAAAAUCCGGGACCACAUGUAGGGCAGGUUAGCCUGGCUACUCCGACUAUAGGCUGAGGUUUGGACGUUUAUUCAUAACAAUUAACAGCCUAUACAAGUCACCUCCAGAACAAGGGCUGUGGGUCUGAGUGGACCCUCGCACCUGUCAGCAGCUCCACCUUCCAGGCGCCUGUAAAAUGCCUUCAGAGCCCAUGGAGUUUGCUGGGGCCGGCAGCACAGGAAGCAUUGUGGGUACAGGCUCAGUCACAGGGUGUUAGAUGAAGCUCUUCUAUCUGGAAUGAUUGGAAGUUGGCCCAGCAGCUAGUGUGUCCCUCCU